GUUAUCCACCAUAUAUUUAUUGAAUAAGAUUUUUACGACAUAUGCACCUACAUAUGUAUGUCUCUCUUAUCAGCUCUUGUCAGCUGUUCUAAUGAUAUUUUCUUCAUAUAUACAUGGUACAAUGAUGCAUACAUAUAUACAUACAUACAUACAUAUAUAUGUAUGUAUUUAUUUAUGUACAAAUUGCAUUUGCGUGAAACAAAUCAAUCGGUUGGUCUGUAAAAAUGAUUGGAACUUUGCUUUUAUACCUGCUGGCAUUUAAACCUCUGCAAAAUAACAGCUACACUGAGGAAGAAUCGUACUAUGAACUGCCACGGUUUUGGACAAGUACAGGCUUUUGUCCAAUGGGAGAAAUUCGACGAGAAAGUUUGAAGGCUGUUUUUUUCUCCGAGGAGGUACAAAUGAAUCUGUUGCACAUAACAGCACUACCCGCCGGAGCGAUAACGCACAUACGCAUUCACUGGCUGCUAAAACUUGUUAAAUUUAUUCAGUACAGUACAGCCGGAGUGCCAAUGUACGAUUUCGCCGAUUUAGAUGCAUUCAUCUUAAAUCUAGACGAGCUGGGUCUAUUCCCAGUUGUUGAGUUUAUGACAGACUUGGAUGGUAUUUUAGCGAGUAAUCCGGAUAUUGAAGGUUCAUUGUGGCAAGAUUUCAGCUAUCAAGUCACUAAACAUUACCUGAAUCUUCUGGGGGCAAAGAAACUUCUGCAAUGGCGGUUUGAGACAUGGAAUGAGCCGGAUGUUCGUAACUACAAUCGCUUGAAUUUUACGGUGGAAGGGUACCUCCAAUACGUCAUGGCGCUGCGAAAUGGCCUUACAGCAGGUGGUCGUAGGAAAGUUAACUCGCUCCAUUUUAAACUGCGGGGACCAGCUGGACUAUUCAAAUCAAAUGGCGAACAUCCAUUAUGCUGGUCAUUGAUUCAAACCUGCAAUUUACAAAUGAGUCAUUGUCCAAUAGAAGUUCUUACCUACCACCGAAAAGGACAAGGAUUCGCUAAAGAAGUUAUAGAAAGUUCGAGUCAACUGCUAAAAAACGUCUAUGAAAAGUAUACCAAUUUUAGAUCGAUACCAGUGUCUAAUGAUGAAGCGGACCCCAUCGCAGGUUGGUCUACACCCCAGAGCUAUCACGAGGACGUUAGAUAUGCCGCAAAGCUUGUAUACAUUACGUUUUUGCACUGGCACGUUAAAAUAUCGAAUGAUGUAUUCAAAAACCUGGAAUCAAUCAGCCACGAUAAUGCCUUCAUUAGUUAUCAUCCAUAUGAAUUCGCACAGCGAACUCUUCUGGCACAUUUCCGUAUGAACAACUCACAACCAGCUCACUCGCAGUUCAUACAAAAGCCCGUAUACGCCGCAUUGGGAAUGUUAUCAAAGUUGGCAACGCUUGCAGCUGAUGUAGAAACAAUUACAUUAAAUAAUUCCAAUAAUGAGCUAUGGCUUUUGAAAACAUGUUCAAUCGAAAACACACCUCUCUACUUGAGUUGGUUGCUUCUGCCCCAGGAGAAUACUACGACCUUAGGAAACUUCACCCUUCGUCGUCAGUUACCUUUCACGCUAUGUGCCAAGGAGAAUUUUGCUUAUAUAAUCGAGAUACUAGAGCAAGGCCACACCGAUCCGGCCCAUAUUUGGCGAGCAAAAGCAAACGCAACACCAUUCCCGAACAAAACGCAACGUGCAGAAAUGCGCUACGCCCAAACUCCUCGCUUGCAGGCAACCGGGCUUCUAUCGAGAGCCGAGUUCGAACUGAAUAUUGGCCAUUUUCAGCUCCCUUGGAUUUUGUUAUUUCGGGUUUGCUCCUAUUUGUCCCCUGUUUUGAAGGCACCUCGGCCACCAGUGAUUACUAAAAUUGCAGAGGGAGAAAUAUUUAUUUUUUGGCACGAAGCGGACACUGUGCAAUGUCUCAAAACGUAUGAGGUUUGGUUGAAAGUAAAUGCGACUGCCGAAUGGAAUAUUAUUAGUAAGGACUGGCACUUACCAUUUCCGUCUUUUCAAUUCGCGCCUCCGCAUUCCUCUGUUAAUGGUUUCUAUAGGGUCCGAGGCAUAGACUUCUUCAACAGGAGGAGCAAGUUUUCCAACAUAGUGGAAUAUAUUGAAAUUUAGAAUGACAAAUUUGCUGAGUGGCAUGGUUCAAAUUCCCGUGAACUCAAAGAAGUUCGAUUUUCAAAUAUCAGCUACUUAUACCACCCACAGUUGUAUAUACUUAAUUGUUUUUUUACCAUACAAAAUUUUCAUAAAAAUGACCUCAAAUUCGGAUAGAAAAUAGAAAUAACCAAAGCUUCUAACGAUUCAACUGGGAUGCUAUAAAAAUAGCGUCCACAGUUACAUAUACAUAUGUAUAGUAGAAAAUCCGAAUAAAGACUUUAUGCUUUCAAUUAGUAUAUAUGUAAUUUGUUCAUUAAACAAACGAGUGCAAAAUUUAAAAAAAUAAUAAUUUUUGAAUAAUUAAAUUAAAAUAUCCUGGCUAGGAUUUUUCAGCCAACCCACUCGCGAACAUUAGGCAGAUGGGUGAAGGUCCUGCCUUACUCGGAUCUUAGACUAGCACAUACUUAUAUGCUAAAAAAGCUUAAAAGAAAAAAUUUAAGUUAGAUUCCAUAAAAAAAUAUUUUGUCAAAAAUGUUUGCUACAUUUCUUUAUGCCAAGGAUGCAAUGUAACGUUAAUUUUAAUAUUUACCGAAAAAAAAACAAUGGGUUUUGUUGAAACGAAUCAACUUUUUAUCGUUUAGGUAAUUAUCAAACUAAUUCUAUUUUGGGGUUUUAACGAAAAGAAAUCCAAUCGUUAACGCUGAAGCUGUAACAUGCAUUUAGGCGCUAGGUGUUAACAGUGAGUUGGAAAUGGUUUAUAACUAGACUGCGGAUGCAGAAAACGAAGCCUAAAAAUAUGUACCACAUAACUAUGAACGAAAUUUAUACAGUAUUCUUAUAGUUUAGUCGUACAUAUUUUUUUGGCUUGCUUUCCUGCAUAAACAUCCGCAGUCAUUUAUAGGUGACAGCUUUUCCUUGAUUUAUUUUGUUUUGAGGUUAACAACUGAAUUUUGUUUCGUUAAUUUAACACUGAAACGCAACGAAAUGAUAUCGUUUCGUUUGUUGAGCAACCCUGGUUUAUAUCUUAUUUGGAACCCCAGAAUAAAAAGAAUGCAAUUGGAGUAUGUACAUAUAUGUAAUAUAGCAUAUUAUCCGGAGCGUUCAAACUAAUAAGUACAUAAAGAAGUUUGUUCCAAACUUUCAAAAUGAAUCAAUAAAUGUAGCCAUUAAUGAAACCUGUGUCGUUUUCGGCUUCUUGAAAUUGUCGCACAUUGUAAUUAAUUAUUAUAAAUAAAAUUUGUUUCUUAACAUUGAGUAGCUUUUUAUUAUUUUAAAUAAAAGUUCGUACAAUAAAAACUGGCGGUAAUUAAUAUAAAUUCAUACACACAAUACAUAGUUGAAGCUAUUUUCAUUACAAC